AAAAACGGGCGGCGGUUGAUUGACAUCUAUCUGUCUGUGCUACACUACGACGUCUGCUGCAAAAACACCAACGUCUACGCAAAAACGAAUUUUACAAGGGUUUUAAAACUUCAGUUAGUAAGGAAUUCACAUCGUCAAGAUGACAUCAACUGGUACUUUCACGGCUGCAGGUGUCGGUAAACCGACAUCACGAGUGCUAGCUCCUCCUGGUGGAAGUAGUAACAUUUCAUUUGGUGGCUAUGGAACAGACGAACCCAAGAAGACCAGUCAGAAACCUGAAGCACAGAGGCAUGAGCCAGUGGGCCAGAAUCAGCAAGAUCUAUACAAUCCCAACCCACCACAGGCUAUCAGACCAGCAGAGGAUAGCUAUGCCAGUUUGUUUGGCGAAGUAGAACACAUUGAGGUUUCUGGUAACCAACCUCGUGGCAAGAGAAGAUAUCCUGAUCGCUCGGACAUGGGAAACAACCCAGUGACUGGAGCUGAGCCCGUAGCUGAGGGAGCCGCCCAUAAUGAAGGCGGAGCAAAGGGACGUAAUGCCAAGCCGCCCAAGCUUGACCCAGCUAGCAUGCCCGCAGCAGGCGGCAGAGUGGAGAACAAAGCCGCCAUGAAGAGGCAGCCCCCUGGUGGCAAAGACUCUGGCAUUUUCAACUAGACGUGUAAGCUCUGGGCCCAAUUUCAUAGACCUGCUUUAGCACAAUAAGGAGCUAAGCAUAGCAAGCUUACCAGAUUAAGGUUACCAGCCAAAAUACCAUGUCACGUGGAACAUUUGUGACUGGUAUCCUGAUUAUCUCUGCUAAGUAGGAAACUUUUAAGGAAAAUUGUCUGCUUAAGCAGGUCUAUGAAAUUGGGCACUGGUUGUAGUUUCGCCACUGGUUGUAGAUGUUCUGAUUUUGGGGUUUGGGAUUGAGAAAGGGGAUGGGAGUUUAGGCAGAUCAGGGUACGGUAGAAUACCUAUAGGAUCAACUUUCUCUCUUGAAUCAACUUCAUCUCAUUAUACCUAGACACUUGCUCUUCAUAGAUUUGAUGAUUGUGAUUGCCCAAGUGGUUCCCAAGGAAAUGAAGAGAGUAACUUUGAAAUGAAUUGCCGCCUCUUCUUUAAGAAAAUGAUUUCUGAAGAAAAGGAGUUCAUUCUGAAACCAGUGGGCUGAAAGUACAGAACGUCUGCUCUUUGUAAAAGUUCAAUUUCAUAGCUCUUCGUGUACAAUUUGCAUUUGUGACCCACAGUACUUGUCUUAUUUGUUAAUGAAAUAGUUGGAAUAAACUGCAAAGUAAAAAAAGAUGAAAUGUUUUUCAAAAUUCACAGCACUGUUCCACGAUUUGAGAGAUAUGAACGGAACCAUGUUUCAGAUAGUGUACAGCAUUGGACUUAAGGAGAGCUGUUUAAUUAAGUCAGCCCACUCCCUCUGUUUUGAACAGGAUUCUUUAAAAGAAAAGUGUAGACCAUGUCACAUGUGAUAGCACAUGUUUAUUGAAGAGCCCUAGAGCCUAGACUUUCUGCAGGCACAAUUUGUACACAACUUGUUGGAAGGAAUAAUUCAAUCUUGGCGAGAUUGUGCUACGUUUCAUAUGAUGAAAUGGGGCACGUCUCAAUACUUGUUCACUUGAUAUUUGUCCAAUUCUUGAAGUAAUGAGGUUAAUUUGACACAAAGUGUAAGAUUUCCCUGUAUGGAAUUAGUGUCUUGCCUGCCGGAAAGGUCCUGGAGUGUACAAGGUCACUCUCUUUGUAAACAAAUGUUACUUGGUCUAUAGGAAAUAUUGAGUAGAAUCUGGAAUAGGUUUACACUUAUAAUAUCCAAUGUUGCACCUUAAAUGAUAACAAAAAUUGUUAAAUUUGGCACCCGGUCACUCAAUAGAAAUUAGAAAUAUAAAAGUUCUCCACAAACAUUCUAAGAAAGGUGUUAUUUCUUCACGCUUCCCUCGAAAAGUUUGGUGCAUUGCAUUUGAACUGUUUAUGGAUAAAAUUAUUUAAGCAAAAGAGUGCACGCCUCGUCAUGGGGGCCAAUAUCUACACAGCUCAUUAUAAAUAUGCAGCUAGUUCAAAGGUCAAACGUAAUAAUUCAAUGCACCAUUGUUUAGGCAGGUGUGAUGUGAUAGCUUCUUCGCAGCAGACUUGCUUGGUAAAUCCAUUUUUCUUUGAAAUAUGCGCACAAUCAGAACUGCGUAACUAAUGGAAAAUUACAUAGCUGUCUGCUGCCACCUGUUGUCCGCAAGUCCUCUUUUUAUACAGGUGCAACGCCGCAAUCAUCGGUACGCUUUUUGUUACCAAAACACCAAAUGAACACCAGAUAAAUACUGAAUAACUCUUUGCAGAAUUUGUAGUAGAGAAACUCGAGCACUUUUGAUUCAUCAUCGAUGUCACAGCGAUUGUUAAUUGAUAUAUCAAUCAACAUGAGAUAACUGCUACAUCAGUUGUUUUUAAACUGUUGCUCAUAACAUUGACAGGAACAAAAUGUGUACCCGUGAUUGGGGCUGUCCACACACACACAGACGUGUACAUGUACUUUGUAUAAAAGUAUGUAAUAAUUGUUGAAUUAAGCAGUUUUAGUAUCCAUUUGAACCAGUGCCUUUAAUGAAGGUAACAUGUAUGAAAAGAUCAAAUGCAAUAUUUUAUAUGCAACUUAAAAACUUGAGGCUCGUUGUAUAAUAUAUUCAGUUAUUGAGUUAAGAAAAGAACCCAAAUGAAAACAAAACCAUUUUAUGCUAAUGAAUAUAGUAGCAAUGCAUGUUGUCUUGGAUGACAAAUCUUGACUCAAGUCACAUAUUAAAUGAAUUUCAAAGCAUAAACAGCAAAUUCAGCAUAUUUGAUCUUUUCGCAGCUUGCUUGGUGUGUGUACUGCAAACAAUUUGACUGGGAUGGUCAACAUUUAUGCACGAGUACUGAGUGUAUACUAACCUGUAAAAGCAUAAUGAAGCUGGUCUGCAUGUGAUAAUAAAAUGUUCUGCUCAAAUAUUUGUGAUGUUCUGUUAUUGUAUGGGUCAGUCUUCUUCAGGUAAAGCAUGCAGUAUAUUAGGCAUGGAAUAAUCAAACAAAGUCUUACUCACAAAUACUUUUAACCUGAAAUGUUAUGCAGGAAUUGGGGAGAAAAAAAAUCAAGGGGUUUACUGUGGCACAAACUUUUGCCAAGGUAAACCUUUUUAGCAACAAAUAUGCCCCCUACAUAAACUAACCAAAAUGUUUGCUUAUAUUAUUACAAUUUUCUGAUUUUUUUAUUGAUACAAACCAAUGCUAAGUUGACUAAUUGAUUAAGGUUAAAUUAACUACUUGAAUAUAAUUUUUGUUUGAGAUUAAAUUAUGCACUUGGAAUACUAACUUGUUUUGUAAAUAUUGUCAAGGAUGUUAAUUUGUGUUUUGUUGUUGUUUAUCAAGCAUUUCAUAAAUUAACACUUUGUGUGUACAUGUAAAGUGGUAAUUUAUUUUGACGUUUACAUUCAAUUAAUACUGGCAGAAUUUGAAAGGGAAUAUAUUUAUUAGGAUAAUUUAUCAACCACUUGACAUACUCUUUCUUUCGCUGAUUUUGGUUUGGCAGAUAAAUUUGAGUUGGAGCAGCAUAUUGAUUUUUGUCAUAGUCUGUUGUAUGCAUUUAAAUAAUGAUACCAUGCAAACAAUGCUUUGAAAAUUAUUCUGAAUUUAAUCAACAAGAAACACGAAAUAAGCUCGCAAAAACAAAUCCCCAAAACCCUGUGUUCAAGAAGUACAUAAGUUAUUGUCUACAUCACAGCAUUCCUCAAUAUGUUUUUUUUUUUUUUUUUGGGGGGGGGGGGUCAUGUCAAAGUGAUGAAAUAUGAUCCAUCUUUAGUCUAGAUGAUCCUGUCAUUGAUAUUGAGUACUACUCUAAUUUUUUUUUCGAUUUACUUUGGUCCAUCAAUCAAUUGACUGUUUUUCGUUCUGAAGUUUUGCCUGUCUUUUGUUCAUUAAACUUCAAAUAUGGUGAAUCAAUUUAUAGUGCAACACUGUAUGUAAUAAACUUUGUGGAAAAUUACAAUGUGAUGUGUGUAUUUGGCUUCUAUUUCGUAUUUCAAGUUCACUUUUCGACCAAAUAUGUGUUUCUCAGUGUGUGAGUCAUAAUUCAUCUUCAAUUGAACGUCAUUGUGUAACUUGAGCUUACAUGCUAUGUAAUUUUACAAUAGUGGAUUGAUACAAUAUCCAGUAAUUAACUACAUGUUCAAGGGAAACUGACUGGGUAAACUUAGACAAAUUUUGGGUUGAUCAAAGAAAAACCAGGGGUCGCAUGUUCAAGUCCCACUCUAGUCAAUGUUUCUUUGUUCAACCCUAAAAUAGAUAACUCUUUAACUAUUUGCAAUAGAACUUCCAAAGAGUAUGCGCUUAAAUAGUUUUGCAGGUUCUUUAAAAAGUAAUCAGAACAUAUUUCAGGAAUUAGUGCAAAGUGCAAAUCAAUUAAAGUAUUCACAAUUAAUACUUGGAUCUUGUCAGGUUGUAUCUUAGAAGAUGUAAAUUCUAACAAGAACAAACUCAAUGUGCAAGGCAACAUGAUAUAAUUCUGCAUAUAUUUGGUAUUUAAUUUGCAUAAAAAUAAAAACUUUGCUUCUUGGCCGCGCAUAUAUUUUUCGUUAACUGUUUUAUAAAUCUACCAUAUUUUUUAAUUUCUUCACUAUCUAUACUUGCAUGUAGGUUCAUUUAAGCAUGCAUCCCAAUUUGCAUAUCUUAACCGUUUGUAUUCAGACUAGUUUAAGUAUUGGCAGUAAAUUAUUCGUAAUGUAUUCAUAGUCUGUUUCUGCGGUUGCUACUGAACACAUAACGGACCUCUAGCCCCGUUUUUGAAGGGACACUUCUAUGAGGGAAAUUUGUAUUAACUUUGCAUAGGGCACCGCGGCAAAAGCACAGGGCACCGCAGCAAAUGCUGUGGGUGCUGUGAGUCAUGUUGAGGCCCGAUGCAAAUGUCAAACCAUUCUUGUGUUCCUUUUACUGUACAUGACAUCGUUGAUUGUAAAAUGAGUCAUUUUUUUUGAGGUUUUAUAUUUACAUUCCCUUAUAUAGAAAGACUCCAAGACUAAUACAGUCUCAACUUAUGAUUGAUAAAUAUGUGGGCGACAGUUGAGGAAUGUUUGUGUCAGAAGUGUGGUAGACGGGAUUCCAGACAAGAGUGCCAAAUGGAUUCAGUCACCUUAAUUAAAGGCAGACGAACAAAAGAAGUGUCCAUACAUGUUUACUUCAUUCCAUUUCGACUCUCGGAAUAAUUUUUCUCAAAAUGCUUUAUUUUAAUUUAUUUACUGAAUGUUUAUUUCUUUGUUGGUUUGUUCUAGCGCACACUCAAACACUUCAUAUUUAUGCAUGAUUGCAAGAGCGGUAAAUGAUCUAUAUUGAAUUGGUAGAUAUUAUGAUGGUUUAGGUGGUAAAUUGUAAGUUUAUGUUUAUUAUGUACUUAUUACACUAAAUUAUACAACCAUCUGUAAAAAAGGUUGGCCAAAUGCAUUUUGUUUUUUACGGUUGUUAGUUCUUGUUUCAAAAUUUGAAUGUUUCAAGCAUUUUCUAUUUUGUAUUGUUGCUAUGCUGUAAUUGAUAAACAUGCAAAAUAAUAGUCAAUACAUGUACAUUUAUCUUGAUUUAAAUGCAAAUUUUCGAAGUAAUAUUUGUAGUUAAGAACACAAAA